UUAAGUUUAGGGUUUUGGAUUCUUCCGGUGGAGAGUAGGGUUCUUUGGACGCCGCGAUGGUCGAUCCUGCGAGCGUCGCUGCCGCAGUGAAGGCGGCUCUCGAUUGCGCGCAAGAUCGUCUGGCAGCAAUAUCAUUUUUGGAUUCGAUCAAAUCGGGGGACGUGCGCGUGCUCGGAGGAACUGCAUUCGCGUUAUCGAGCCAAAAUCAGCCUCUCGAAGUCCGGCAUUAUGGAUUGAAGCUUUUACAACAUCUGGUUCGAAUCAGGUGGGACGAGCUCAACCAUGAAGAAAAAGGGAAGAUGACUGGCAUGGUGCUGGAUAUGGUCAAAGAAUUUGCUACUCCUCACGAGGCAUGGUCUGUGAAGAGCCAGACCGCCGCACUAGUGGCAGAGGUUACGAGAAGGGAAGAACCGGACGUUUGGAAAGGGAUGCUAAAAUCUCUACUUCCUAUAAGCGACAUGAGUCCUGUUCACGCUGAAAUGGUUGCUAUGGUGAUGCGUUGGCUUCCAGAAGAUGUGAUUGUUCACAACGAAGAUCUAGAAACCACGCGGAGGAGGCAAUUGUUGUCAGAACUUACGGAAAGUCUUCCCCAGCUCUUUCCAUUCUUCUACAAACUUUUGGAAAAACAUUUUGGCGCUGGGAUGGAAGCUAUGCAUUUGCAGCAAAUGGAGCUAGCGAAGCAGCAUGCCGCUGUCGUGACGGCUGCCUUACAAGCUGUUCUUGUGUACGCAGAAUGGUCUCCUGUCACCAACUUCUCUAGCUAUGGCCUCGUAGAAGCUUGUGGUUUCUUGAUAAAUUCGUCAGAGUUUCGUUUGGCCGCUUGUGAGAUUUUAAAGCAACUGCUAUCCAGGAGAAAGCCAUACGACGAAGAUGUCGAGCUCUUCAAUUCUGUGCUUGCGCGCGUCUAUGAAAUUCUUUCGUCCGUUUGCGACGCAUAUUUUGUUCAUUACGAUGGGGGUGGCAGUGCCCCUCUGGAGUUCGCGGAGUGCCUGUGCGAAGCACUUGUCGCUCUUGGGUCUCAAAAUCUGCAGGUGAUUUCAUCCAACAAUCAAAAGCUUGCAACGUAUUAUCGUCAGAUGUUGAAGUUUCUGCAACACUCUGAAUUUUCGUUGCAUGUUCAGGCAUUGCCAUUAUGGCUGGGACUAUUACGUGACUCUUUAUCGGUAGAGCGGAACAAGGUGAUCAUAGCAAGACCUACAGUGGUUGUUCCGAUUGAAACCGCGAGCGUGCUACUUGAUGUGGCAUUUCAGAAGCUUCUAAAAGAUGGCCAGGAAGAAGAAUUCACAUCUGCGGUGGAUUAUAGCCAGUAUCGUGGCCGUUUGAUAGAACUAAUUCGACUGGUUGCACAUCACCAUCAUGACCUGGGCAUUACAAAAGUUGUUCAACGCCUUGAUGUUUUUCUGACGAAAGAGAAGAUAUCUUCUCAGGAGUAUUUCAUUCUCGAGAGUACACAUACCAUGCUGGAUGCAGUUGUAACCGGAUGUUUUGCACGUGGAGGAACGAGUGAGCUUCUGGGUGGUUUAUUGCAGCGAUUGCUGACCGUCCAUUGGAGUGAACCGGAGCUUGUGGAGAUCCACGCAAAGUGUUUUGAUGCUCUUGUGCCUUACAUAAAGAAUGUACCAACUGCAGUACCUACGGUGAUACAGAAAUUGUUUCAACUUUUAGUAACAGUGCCUGUAGUCUCAAAGGAAGCGAGCUCUACCAAUUCGAAGGCAAGAUUUCAAGUCUGCACAUCGUUUCUGCGUAUAGCAAAACUGGCGGGUCCAGCUUUAUUUCCUCACAUGCAGAUUGUUGCUGAAACAAUGACGAGGCUACAGCAGGAGCGCCACCUCCUUCGUGGGGAGUACAUAUUGUUGGGUGAAUCCUUAUUGGUUGCGGGGUCUACUGCCGGGCAGGAGCAACAAAAUCAAGUUUUGGAAUGGCUACUUGGACCAUUCAGAGAUUAUUGGUGUCACUCCGACUGGCAACAAAAGUAUCUGUGUGAUCCUGCUGGUUUUGUGCGACUACUGGGUACGACUACCACGGAAAACUUGUCUGGGGACGAAGGCAUGUGGUACAUUUUUCACAGCAUUCAUUUCUUUGAAAAGGCGCUCAGAAGAUGUGCGGCUGGUGUGGAAGGUAAUCCUAGUUCACAUCCCAUGGCAGUUCACAUGUCUUGGAUUUUGCCGCCUUUGAUACAGUUGUUACGCUGCUUGCACUCGCUGUGGAUUCCAUCGAUUCUAUCCACGUUGCCUCCGCCUGUUCGCCAAGCAAUACAUUUAAGCGCUAGUGAGCAAGCAUCGAUACUUGGAGAAUCUAAGACAGUCGAUCACAAAGAGGAUGAACUAAGAAACUGGCUCAAAUCUGUUCGCGACAGUGGAUACAACGUUUUACGUUAUGCAAGUUCUCGCUUAGGGAAUCAGUUCUUCGUCAACAUGUCUGGACUGAGUGGGCCUCUAGCAACUGGGCUCAUGGAGAGUCUUUCUUCAAUGGAAUUUCGCCAUCUUCGUUCCCUGGUUCAUUCGGUUAUACAGUCAUUUGUAAGGUUUUGCCCGCACUCUCUCCGAGAAGUCUGGCUCGGUCAGUUGUUGCCACCGUUACUUGUUCAUUGUCAUGCGACCCUGCCACUAGCCUGGGAAAACCUCGUGAGGGAAGGUGCUGUCAAGACUGGCACUUUAUUUGCAGUGGACGGAAGUUCGGGAAUCAAUACGGAACUCGUCGAGGAGCGUAUGCUAAGGGAACUGACUCGUGAAGUCUGCACACUUUUGGCUAUCAUGGCCUCAAGUGAACUCAAUCCGGAGCAGCAGCCGGGAAUGCUUUGUUAUGUAAUCCAGCACUCCGCUGCUGCUUUCGCAACGGUCCAUCUAGGAAUUCAGUCAUUGCAAUGGCCAGAUAGCGAUGCGGUUCACAGAGGUGCGGUUUUUUGUGGAGCUGUGAUUGACGUGGCUGGUCCACUUAACGACACCAACUUAAGAGAGAUCGUGGGGAAAGAUAUGUUCACUGCUAUAAUCCAGAGCUUGACACUAGAGUCGAACAGCGCAGCGCAUGCUGAACUUCUCGGUUUGCUCCGGGAAAUUCUAGUGAAACUAUCUCCACACACGUCAACGCCUAAACAAGUUUUGAUGUCUCUGCCUUCCAUCAGUCAACAAGAAUUUGCGAAUUUUGAAACAGCCUUUAACAAAACCACCAGCGUGAAAGAGCAGCGCCAGCACAUAAAGAAUCUUCUCUUGGCGGCUGGAGGGGACAAGCUCAAGGCACUGAAACCGCAGAAGAACACUAGUGUCAUCACUAACGUUACAAAGCCUCUAGCGAAAGGGAAACCGGGAGUGAAAGAGGACGAUGGUCCAGGGCUUGUUGGCCUGGCAACUUUGAUGUGAAGACACCGAAGCUUGUACAGCGUAAGAUUGUGAAUAUCGAUCUCUAGGGUUUUAGAGUUUUGCAAAUGAAGUCAGUUGUGAGAGCACAUCGCAGAAACGUUCGUCAUGGCAGCACGCGGGAAAUGCGAUUUGUUUUCAUCUAUGGACCUCUGCUCCUCUGGAAAUGGGAAGGCGAGCUUGCAAGAUUGCGGACAGGAAGGCGGCACAGGCUUGAAGAGAAACAAAGUUAAUGCCAGGCUUGGCAAAGAGAUAGCGCAAGCGGCGAGGGACGGAAUUUAACAUUGGCAGCACUGGUGCAGAAAGCGAAGGUCUCAUAGAACGCAACAUCAAGAAAGCAAAAGACACCAGCAAGAGUUAUGAGGUAACUCACAUUGCGUUUUGUUUGCGCUGCAAAAGAGUUAAAACCAAUCCUGGCAUACGGCUUUGGUGGUGUUGGAAUCGUGGUGGAAGUUCUCACGGACAACACGAACAGAGCUUCGUUCGUUCGCGAUGUUAUCAAAAAGAGCCAUGCCAAGAUGUGAAAGGCAAUGUGGAUUCGGAAAGUUUUCAGGCUGCCGCGAUCGAUGUUGGAGCUGAGGAUGUCGUGGAACCUGAAUUUGAGGCCGAUGAAAAGUCCAUUGGAGAAGAAGUACUAUUUCGGGCGUGUCAAAACUGGGCUCAAGGAUGCGGGGUUCUCAAUUGACAUGGACCAACUGAGCUACUGGAGGUAUGCAAGAGCUUUCCAUAAGUGUUUCGUCCUUUUACUUCAAUGGCUUUGAUCGAUAGACAGUUUGUUCAACUUAAAAGAAUUGACUGAUUCACGUUGAAAGAUUCAGAACUUUGAAAUGAAUAAAUAUAUAAAGUUUUAAA